UCCGUGCCUUGAAAAAGAAUAACAUGACAGCCUCCAUAGCUUCAAUGCCUGUAAGAAACAGGCCACUUCAUCACUAAUUGAUCAAAGAAAAUAAGUGCGAUAUUGCACCAGUCAAUUGUAACCACGCCCCCCCCCCCCCCCAGGCACGGGGAAUAGCGGGGACUUUGACUUUUGGUCCAGCCAAGCCCGGGCAAAGUCCUCGCACUGCGGGGACGUAUUGCUUCUGAAAACCCCGCCAAAUGCCCACGCACCCAAGGGACUCUAGGUUAGGCCCAUUCCACGCUGAACUUGGCUGGAAGACAAAACCACCACAUUCACACGGCACUGCGGGACCACCUGGAAGGUAAAAACACAGCCCAUUUCCCAGCUGAAAAUGGAGUCGACAGAACCUGAUCAAAGUUCGCCAGGCGACGAAAUAGAGAUUCCAUUCUGUGAGCCUUGCAAGGAAUCCAAAAGAGACGUCAAAGCUUCGAGGUAUUGCAAAGAAUGUGACGAGUACCUUUGCGAAGAAUGCACGGGUAAUCAUCAAACACAGAAGAUGACCAAGGGACAUGAUACAAUCGAUGUUAUUGCAAAGUUGAAGGGCGACAUAAUUCAUUGCGAACCAUGUAAAGAAAGAAACCCUGAAAAGACUGCUCAGAUGUUUUGUCCGACUUGUGAGGAAUACCUUUGCAACGAUUGUGUUGAAACUCACAAAAAAAUGAAAAUGACAAAAACUCACUUGCCCAUCCCGAAAGAGGUUGUUAAAGAACAAUCCAAGCUGUCCGACGAAGUAUUUAUAGAGUGUGAACCUUGUCAACUGGGAAAUAAACGACAACGCGCCAAGAAAUAUUGCCAUGAAUGUAACGAAUAUCUCUGCGCUAAUUGUGUCAUUCUCCAUAAGAGCACAAAAAUAACAAAACAGCACGUACCAGAACCCAUUGAAAAUCUUCAAAAAGGGCCAUCUUCAAGGAAACGCUUUUGUAAUCCGUGCUCUGAUGAAUGCCAAGAGGAGGCUUCAAUGUUUUGUAAGGCAUGUAAAGAAUAUCUCUGUGAGACCUGCGUCGCUUACCAUAGAAAGCAAAAGGCAACAAAGGACCACACACUGUCAACAGAUUUAAGCAUCGGAGAUACAGAUGAAGACAAAGAUAUCCCCUGUGACGUUUGCAAGAUAGCAAAGACCUUUUCUCCCUCUGAAAACUUUUGCACCGACUGCGAGGAGAAUCUUUGUAAAUCAUGCACAGAAGUUCACCUGAAAAGGAAGAUUACAAAAGAGCAUAAGAUAUCAAAGAUCGAAGACCGUAAGCUAUCAAAUGCCAUAAACUGCACUGUCUGCCAAGAUGCCGGCUGUAGUUCCACAGCGGUUACAUACUGUAGUGACUGUAUUGAAUAUAUUUGCGAAAAAUGCAUGGAUAUGCACCAAAGGCAUAAAUUGAUGAAAGAUCACCAUUUGGUCGCAAUGGAAGAAAUGAGCAAAACGUCGUGUCAGACUUGUGAAAAGUUUGAGGCGGUGGCUUAUUGCAUGAACUGUAAAGAAAUGAUUUGUUGGCAGUGCAGAACGAAGCAUAAUAAUACGAAGAUAUUCAAGAACCACGAGUUGGCUCCAGUUACCAAAGGCAAUUGCGAUGAAACCAAUUUGUUUUGCGAACUAUGUGAAGAAAGGGACAUAAAAGAAAAGGCCAGCGCCUUCUGCCUUGACUGCGACCGCACACUCCUUUGCUCAAAAUGCGUGGAGAAACACAAAGCUAGGAGGACAACACAGAGCCAUAAUGUGGUUAUGGACUUGGAGAAGCUUGAGGAAGAAAAAGAAAAUAAAGAUGAAGCGCUAAGCGACCAGCCCGAGCACACACUAUAUAGCAGAGCCCAAGCGUCGCCGAAAAGAAAGGAUGAGAACAUCCAGCCGGGAAAGCCUGUAUUAAUUGAGGCAGGAUCUGAUUUUAUCGUUUUAUCGUGGGAUCCACCAGCGAACUUUCAGGAUGGAAAUUACUACCAAGUUUCAAUGAAAGAUGUCGAUCAAAACAGCAAAUGGAAGUUUUAUAACAAGGAGUUUACUACCGCAAGUGGUAAAAUAGAAGAUAUAAAGUCCAACACGAAGUUUAUAUUUAGAGUACGAGUUGUCCACGAGCAUGGGGAAGGAUCAUACAGUCCGGAAAGCGGUGUUAUUAUAACAUUUCCGUCCCCAGCGUCACGAAUUGUCGAUUUCUCUACCAAAGUGGACGGCCAAAACCCUACAACAUAUGCUUUACCCGUGACUGAAAACAGAACGGCGCGAGAUGAGACUGCAAAAUCAAGACAAUUUUGGCUCGGAUCACCGCCAGUUGUUGCGCCAAAGGAGAAAACAAUAAUGCUUAUUGGAGCAACAGGAACUGGGAAAAGCACGCUGGUUGACGGGAUUGUAAACUAUAUUCUUGGCGUUAAUUGGGAUGACCCUUUUCGAUACACAAUCAUUGACUUGGAAGACGAAGAAAAACAGAGGGAAACUAACCAGGCACUUUCGCAAACAGAAUGGAUAACUCGGUAUACCAUUUUCCCGGAGAAGGGUAGCAGGGUGUCCUACUGCUUGAAUAUAAUUGAUACCCCAGGGUUUGGCGAUACAAGAGGGCUUCAAAGAGAUCAGGAGAUAGUUGAGCAAAUCCGACAACUCUUUUCUGCAAAGAAACCAAAGGGGGUCUGUGAUAUCGAUGCGAUUUGCUUUCUGAUAAAGGCGCCUGAUGCUCGCUUAACGGCUGUCCAAAGCUACAUCUUUCAGUCGAUUAUGUCGCUUUUCGGAAACGACAUUGAAGGGAACAUUUGCUCGCUGAUAACUUUUGCUGACGGCAUUGAUCCCCCAGUUCUCGCAGCGUUGAAAGAAUCCAACCUUCCGUUUGGAGAGUAUUUUACAUUUAAUAACUCUGGCCUGUUUGCACGUAAUGUAGGCCACACAAGCUUGGCACCAAUGUUUUGGGAUAUGGGGAUCAAAAGCUUUCAGCACUUCUUUUCUCAUCUUGAGCAAGGGAAACCAAAAAGUCUUCAACUUACAAGGGAUGUCCUCGACGAAAGAUUUAGACUUGAACAAACGGUGAAGAAUCUACAACCACAGCUUGAUGCUGGCCUUCUGAAAGUAAACCAAAUGAAACAAGAAAUCGCUAUCAUCGACAGAAACAAGUCAACAAUAAAAGACAAUGCGAAUUUUAUGUAUAAAGUUGAUGAGACUCAACAAAAGAAAAGGGAACUUCCCGUUGGUCAACAUGUUACCAAUUGCACCCAUUGCCAUUUCACUUGCCAUGAAAAUUGUGGCAUUCCAGAUGACGGCAGAAAGAAAGGUUGCAUAGCUAUGGACGGUAAUGGCUUCUGCACUGUUUGUCCAAUCAAAUGCAAAUGGGACAAGCAUGCUAACUCACCGUACAUAUUUGACUAUGUCACUGUCAAAGUAAAGAAAACCUACGCUGACAUGCAAAAGAAGUAUCAAGAAGCUGCAGGAAAGUUGCUAUCUCAAGAGCAGGUUAUCGAGAAAAUGGUCGAAGAGCUCGAUGACAUGAUUGAUGACAUUGAAUUUCUUAUGACUACAGUGAAGGAGUGUAAUGAAAGAUUGAGCGCAAUUGCCUUGAGGCCGAACCCUUUGUCAAUGACUGAACACAUUGACUUGAUGAUUGAAAACGAAAAACUCCUGAAGAAAGAUGGAUUUCUUGAGAGGAUCCACACAUUAAACGAAUUCAGAAAGAAAGCACUGAUUAUGUCAGAUGCCACAAAGUUUACGAAAGAGGCACAGACAGCCAUGCGCAAUGCAGGGGUUAAGAAGAAACGCGAUACACCGGGGGUCAUGAAAAGAAUCGGUACCUGGUUCAAACAAAUCGUGUCUUAAGAGCUGGGUCCAGUCCAAGCCAACAUUAAAUAAGUGGUGAUAAGGUCAUCAGUGGGAAAGGAGAGUAGAGAGAACAUUAUUGAUGAUAGUUUACUUAGUAGAAGGUCAGCAAAGAAAAACAGAGAUAACGUGAUUGUGGAUAAUGUACUUCGGUUCAAAAUUAAUUAUUUUAUUUUCUGCGAUAGAAGUAUGCAUAAGAUUAUAGUUGAAUGUUUUGCUAAAGGACACAAUACUUUUUUGAAUAGUGUAACGUCGAUGUAUUACUGUUACUGUUUUAAGUGUUUGUUUUUUUUAUAUCCACCUUCUUUAUAUUAAUUCAUAAACGGAUGGAAGUGUCUUUAACUUGAAGGUAGAAUGCAAAUAAUUAAACAUUAUUAACAAAUGGUGUUAAUUUGUUCUUGAAGGCAUUCUGUGUAUGAUUCAGUGCUGUUCGUUAAAAUGGACAAAAAGGCCUGUUUUCCUGUGAUUAUUUUUUGUAUUGUUAUUAAAACAUUAAAAUCACCCCUGCUUUAGAUAAACUUGUCUCAUUUUAAUUAUUGUGUUAAACUUUUCUUGCUUACUUGUUUUAAGUGGUUUUAUUAUAUUUAAUACAUAAAUUAAGUACGCUAAAUGGAAUGAAUUCAUUGAGGGAUUACACUUUAAACAAAACCCUUCAUUAUCAUAUACUUUUAAAAAAAAUGCUAUGAAAAAAGGCACUCUAAUUUGAAAACAUUCUUAUGCUCUUUAAAACAGAGUGUAGUGAUUUGUGAAUAAGUUUUACUAUAUUGUUUAUGUUUAUAUUAUUUUAAUGUAUGAUACACUUAGAAUGAAUCAUUAUGAAGUUCUUUCUCUAAGAUCUAGUCUAUUCAUUUUGUGACAGUAUGAGGAUUGGUUCAAAUAUGCAUGUCUUCUUAAUUUAGCCUAUAGAAAUGAGAAUAAUUGGAUGGAAACGAGCUAAUACACACAACUUUCUCGGUGACUGUGAACUUAUAUUGCAAUCAAUUUUGACACUUAAACGAAAUGACACGAGUAAUAAUAGAAAACUAAAGAAACAUUCGUAUGCAACUUUAAAUAUUUGAACAUUUCAUUGACUCAUUGCAUGUUUUAUUUUCAAACAUUUAGCCUGUUUAGUGCUAGGGCUCAUCUUCAUAUUGAGUGUUUUCAUUUGGAGACAUUCUGGUGAGAAUUAAUACAUGUACUAUAUUAUUACAAUGGCCUACUGACCAUGUUUAUCGAGGAUGACAUCCAUUCCUUCAUGUAAAUGUUUCAAAUUUCAAGUUAUAUAGUUAAAAUAUUCGUUUAAGGUGUGCUUGACCAUAUCAAUGAUUCCAACUGAUAAAUACCCCGGAAACGCUUCGUAUGCAUACAGAUUACUAUCUUUGAUUAAUUUAUCGUUUGUUUUACCCCAUUUUCUCUGCAAAAAGUUUAAUGUUGACUUCUUCAAAGGAAUAAUUGGUGUCAUCCUCAUAUACAGAUAUACUAUUCAGUGUAUACGUCAUGUUUACAUGAAAAACAAAAUAUAUAACAAUCUUAUUUACCAGAAUGACUCAGCACCUUCUUUUCAUCCAUGAAUCUUUUCAUUUUCAUCUUGGUCCAUACAUCAUAUAUAUAUAACCCGAUCGCUACUUAAAAGCAUAAUUAUAUAACUGUAUGCUUUUAUCAAUGACUGCUUUUCGUAAGUUAUUCGAAAACCGUAACUUGUGUAUUAUGUUUUAGCUACAUAGCAUAUUGUGAUUUUCACAUACUGUAAAACUAGGGUCUUUCUGAAAUGUAUCUCUUAUUAUUCAAAAAGGUUAAAUGAAAUUUGGCGGAGGUAUCUCGCUACUGACACCAUAACAAUGUUUUUUUUUUUUUUAAAAUUCAGAAUAUUUAGAGAAAAUGAAACUUUAAUAUUGCUGUUCCACGCAAAGUCAGAAUGUAAGAACAUUCGAAGAACAAUUUUUUAAUGGAAAAUGCACAAACUUAUUGUCAAAUAUCAAAACUUACUUAUCCUAAAAAUUUAAAACAUUUGGUUCAUCUGUUUUGAAUUUUCAUAUGUACCAAGCAUUUACCAUGCAGGCAAGAUUUCCUUUAUGUAAUUCCCUAUCAAACAAAUAUUUGAAACCUUUGCACUUAACUGAAAACAGGUUUUGCCGGAUCAGGUAUGACCCAUUUCAGUCAAACUUGAUAUCAUUUAAUUGAAACGCAUUUUGUUUAAAAACCACGGUUUACAGUAUGUAAAGACACAAUAAUGAUAACCAGCUUUAGUGUGAAUGACUGCGCGUUUCGCACGCAAUUUGAAUUUGGUAUUUGCUUAAUUAUAUAACCUAAUUAUAACCAACGUUUUGUAUGAAUGAAGUUUUGUUAGUAAUUUGAAGUCCGUACAUGCUUAGCUAUAUAACCUUUUUAUAACCUGCUGCUUAAAUGUACGUUUUGUACGCAAGCUGUUAGUUUUGAUAGUAACUCGAAUUCCAUAUCGUACUUGUAUUUGUCUUCUUUGUAUUUUGGAUGAAUUACACUUUUUAUUCUAAUAUGUCUUUGUAAGUUUUUGAAUGGCUUCCACAGCUUACUUCGAAUUACUUCCAAGCAUCGGUAUAUGUUAAAUAUAAUGUAGGCAGUUGAGGCUAUAGUUUCUAUUAUGUUUUUGAAGAAAAAUGAUUUUGGUUUAAACACUUUAUCAUAUUCCAUGCUCAAAAUACUAUAUUUUAAAUCGUUUAUCAUACUUUAUUCUUCUGAUUGAAAAAAAUGAUGUAAAACAACAACAACGAACUAUAUUGUUUUGAAGUGCUUUUGACAACCACCUAUGUGAUGAUGUAUAAUUUGCAUUGAAACCUUAAAAUAACAUUCAGUUAUGUUUAGAUACUAGCAAAUUUAAACAUUUUAUUCUUUAUAUUUCUCUAACAGUAAAAUAAUAAUAAUAAACAUAUAUAUUUUGUCAUAUAUUCGAACAGUUAAAAUCGUGUUGUUGUUUUUGUUAGAAGUUUCAAAGCGCUUAGAAUGUUUGUUUUAAUAAAAACAAAAAAAA